CGCGCUAAGGGCGUCUUCCUGACAGUUGUGACUGCACUCCCGAGCCCAAACCUAAAUCUCGCGAGAACCAACGUCACGAGAUUACAGUGUAGGGAGGGCUGCAUGGAGAGCUGGAAGACUAAACAAAAGCCACACAUUUCAACCAACAGGCGCUGGUCGCUUAUCUUCAGUAAAGCAAAACAAAUUUGAUUCAUUUUUUUCUCGUAUCGAUUGCCGUUUAACGCCCAAAAAAGAUCCCAUCAUGCCGAGCAGCACGUCCUUGCUGGAGGCCGACGAGGGAGAGUCCGAGGUACCGCCGCCGCUAGUGCACGCUUUCGCCGGCAUGGGCCUCGAGGAACACCCCGGCACUCAAAGCCAGACCCCGGAGCAAGUAGAUGAUAGCCUCCCUUAUCACCACCAGCUCCACCAGCUGCCCCCCGUCGCUCAUUUCAACCUCCGCGGUACCGUCCUCGACUUGAAGCCUCUACAUCGGCCGCCCUCGGGAGAUGAAGUAAACAACAUAACCGCUGCGCCCGAGGACGAGGAGCCCGAAGUUAUAACCGCUGCAGACUCCUCGUUUCUGGCGCAGGCCCACCGCCACCAACACCUCCAAUCGGGGCCACUUUCCUCCGGGAUGCCGUCCGGGAUGGAAACGUCCCACAUCGAGACGGUCUUGUUGUACAACGGGGACGAGCGGGACGACGGCGGGCUCGGCGGCGGCAUGGCCAUGCUACCGGCCGGCGUGUUCGGGGAGUCGGGCUACGAGGCCGAGUCUUCGCUGUUGGCUCGGAGGAAGAGCGUCAACACGACCGAGUGUGUGGCGGUACCGAGCUCCGAGCACGUCGCGGAGAUUGUGGGCAGACAGGGUUGUAAGAUUAAGGCACUACGAGCCAAGACCAACACCUACAUCAAGACACCGGUGAGGGGGGAGCAGCCGGUCUUUGUCGUGACCGGGCGCAGGGAAGACGUGGCCAUGGCCAAGAGGGAGAUCCUGUCGGCAGCAGAGCACUUCUCCCUCAUCAGAGCCUCUCGAAACAAGACGGGCCCGCUUGCCGCUGCGACCGGUCCAGGGACCCCCUCCCUACCUGGACAGACCACCAUUCAGGUUCGGGUACCAUAUCGUGUUGUAGGGCUGGUCGUGGGGCCCAAAGGAGCAACCAUCAAACGCAUUCAGCAACAGACCCACACAUACAUUGUGACGCCGAGUCGCGACAAAGAGCCCGUGUUCGAGGUCACCGGCAUGCCGGAGAACGUGGACCGGGCGAGGGACGAGAUAGAGGCGCACAUCGCGCUGCGCACGGGAACCUGCGGCGGCAUCGAGGCUCCCGGCGUCGACAACAACGACUUCCAGUACAACGGGACGGACGUCAGCUUUGAGCAUUCUGCGGCGCAGGCCGGCUUGAGGGACGCCGGGUGGCUUCCCGCGGGCGCGUCCUCGUCCUCCCCCAGCGGGGCUGGCUUGCUGCCAGUGACCGUCAACGGGACUCCGCGAGUAAACGGCAAUAUUAACAGCGGGGUCAAGAUGUCUUCCACCUACCGCAACGACAGCUCUAGUUCCCUGGGAAGCGGCUCCAGCUCGGCCGAGUCCGUCUACGGCAGCAGCAACGGGAACCGGGGGGCAGAUUUAAGCCCCCCCUGUCAGUUUAACGGCAACAACAACAACAACAACGGUAACCGUGGUGGCGCCACUGCUAGCUUCUGGUUCGGCGAGAGCCUCCUCCCCGUUGGGUCCGAGGAGCUGGUCAACCUGGGAGGCGGAGGCUCGCCCUCUGGAUUCGACCCGUUAACCAUCUCCACUGCCCAGGCCUCGCUCCCUGCCGCGCAGCCACAAAUCUGGAGCCCCUAUGUGGACCACCUGCCCCCCCAGACGUUUGAUGCCCGUCAAUCUCAGCCCGGGACGCCCCGGCUCUCUCCGACCUUCUCUGGCACAGAAGCCUUGGAGCACCCUCAGGCCCAGCGAGUUCACCGAGGGCCCUUCGGCUCGACCGGAGCCCUCGACGCUCACAGGUUCCCCUCCUGCAGCUCGGCCUUCUCCUCCUCCAGUGAAAGCACCGCCUCCUCUUCCUCCCCACCCGAGUCCUCGCUCCUCUAUCGAUCGGGGCUCGGUUCAGCGGGGAGAGGACCGGAGAUAUGCAUCCACUGUUUGGAUAACCAGGUGAUCGCUGCCUUGGUUCCCUGCGGCCAUAACCUCUUCUGUCUAGAUUGUGCCACCCACAUCUGCCAAGGUGCCGAGGCCGCCUGCCCCGUGUGCCAGUCACCGGUCACACAGGCCAUUCAGCUCCGCAACAUGUGAUUUUUGUCACCCGUCUACUUUGAUUGCUGGUUUUGGUUCAGCCUCCCCAACACUUCCAGUUCAUAACAUCUGUGGAGAAAACAACUGGCCCAGAAUCGGUGUCUAGGUUUGUCCUCGCCCUUGUUUGCCACCUGGUGUUUGGUUGACAAAGGUGAGGAACAGCAGGGGAAUAAGGAAAGAUCUGCCUGUAGGGCAUGGAUUUGGAGGGGGCGCAUUCAUGUGCCUGCUUUUGUGAAGUCUUUUUUGAUUGAUCAAUGGGAGGGUCGGAAGACCCUCGGUGUAGCAUUGGAUGGGAUGGAUAUAUGUGUGUUUAUAUAUCUAUAUCUCAUGUUUCCUUUUUUUUAAUUGACAUUUUCUUCUCCCUGAAGCAUCCAACUAUCCAUUUCUGACUACCUAUAUUUUUUCAAAUGUACAUGUAAUUCUAUUGGAUACAUAACAUUUGCUUUCGGGUCAAAGCCAUUUUAGUUCUACAUCUCAAAAGAAAAAUGCUGCUACAGUUGUUUUUAAAUGCUAAAACAGAACCCAUUCUUUUUUUUUUCUUCUUACUGCGCUUACAGAAGACUUUAAGGAGAAAUAACCUGUGAGCAUGUUUACAAAUAAUUAUUCCCUUAUAUGAAUACACAUCGUAUUCUGUGUUUAGAAAGAUUUUAAAUGCCUACCACAGUAAACUGGACAUAAUGUAUAUGUGCUACUCUAUCGCACAUCAUUUUCCUAAAUAGUAUCUGGUUAUUAAGUGUAAUAUCUGUGGCGAACAGUGUUUACAUGCUCCGCAUCAUAAAUCAGGACUUUUGUUAAAAGCAUGUCGAUCUGCAUGCAAACGCGGACCCACACGUUUUUUUUUUUUUUUUUUUUUUUUUAACCAAGUGGGUCCGACCUGCAACUGGACAGAUGUCACACUCUAAUGGCAUCAGGUUUCCUUCUUCCCCCGACAAGAACCAACGAGUGGGUAACUGCUUAUUGUACCCAUCACAUGAUGGUACACCACUCCAGUGUUGCCACCUUGCUUUCCAUUUCUACUACUAAAAAAUAGUUUACUGUAAACUUGUGCCUAUUUGCGUUCUGAGUAAACGAAAGACUAUUUCUUCAGCGGAGGGCCAGUGUUGCUCUGUCUUAAAACAAAUGUGUGGCCUUUUUGGAAAGCCUGUAAUUAACUGACAACACUAUCUACAAAUGCAGAUCGAGAGAACACAAGCUGACCAAAUGAGGUCUUCGUGUGUUCGUCAAAGUUUGAUCUCUAAAAUGCAUCUCGGUUGAACAAAAGUUGUACCACAGGGAUAUUUUCUUUUGCUUCCUAUCUUCAGCCUUUCUCAGUUAAUUAACUCCGUUGCGUCAUCUUUUUUUAGCACCAAGCAAUCCCAUUUAGUCCAUUCUUGUUUCCAUAUUUUUUUUUCUGUCUCAUUGUGUUACUGUUUAAUUGUUUUGCUUGUUUCUAGGCAAAGAUGAGCGGCGCUCCGCCCCUUUGAAACAUUCCUCCUCCCGCAGUACAGUCCCAUUUGUAGUUGCUACAAGUACGGCUAGCUAGUGGUAAAACAUAAGAGCUGGUAUUCUAUGAAACCAUGCAAUGCAGACGGCUGCAAUUGGAACACAUCUCCCUCGCUGUUCUCCCUGCAGUUAUAUAUAUCGGCGCCCUCGUCACGGCCGUUUUCAAUCCUCACAGGCAGCAAAAGUGAGACGUCGGCCGCCCACGUCUGGUCCACCAGGCCUAUGCAAAGACCGCCUCGGUAUGUCGACACCUCGAGGAAGCACCAGAUAAAUUAAGCUCCUCUGGGUUUUAAUCACACCUCUUAAACCAUCUUUGGUGUAACAAGUUGACCGACAGCUCCUUUCUAUUUUUGUUAUUUUUAUUUCCCUACUACAUUUCAGUUGUUUCUGACCCUCCGUUACCUGCUCUAAUGCCUCCAAUGAGAUGUCCCAAGGAUGCGCACACACUGCAUCAGCUCACCCGCUGGUGUCCCGUGCCCUACUAAGCACAGCCUUCCCGAUGUCUUAUCACACUAUUGACAAGUUUGGAGUCCAAUAACUGUCGUGCUUUUGUUCCCCCCCCCCCUCUUUUUAACGUGGGCGUCUGUCUGUUCUCGAGUGGAGUGAAGCGGUACAAACGGUGGAAGGCGUCUCAGAUCUUAGCUUUAAACACCACCGUCUCUAGACCUCGCUUUGCGUGAGCGAGUCGACGGGACAUUUGGGAGGAGGGGGAGCAGCUGGAAUGAUUCCCUCUCGGGCCGGGCCGACACUACACAUGGUCAAUGGCGUUGCUUUGUGGACGUUUGGACCGCAGUCCGUCGAGCAUUCCAGCUGUAAACUGUUUCUUUGAGUUACUGUAAAGCUCUAAUGGCGCUGCCGCCUAAACACCAUCUUUAGUGGAUGAUUAUGCUUUCUGGAGGAAAUGGAACCGAAUGAAUCCCAAAAGUGCAUAAAAAAAAACCCUUUUCUUCUGCCCCCUCGGGUUUUCUAGCCGUCCUUUUUACUUUACUUCUGUCUACAAAGAUACAAAGCUCUCUUUUUCUCUCUGGCGGAGGGAUGCAAUACGGUCCAUUGACAUUUGUGUUUGUAUUUUAUGAUAUUACAUUUAAUGACUGAUAAAUAUACAGAUCUUAUUUUUAUUUUGUUACAUUUCAUAUAUAUACAUAAAUAUAUCUAUAUUAAAAUGUUUACAAUAAGAUUUUUUUUACUUUUGUGAUUAAGUGAAUGAAGAGUUGGAAACCCAGAAAUGUUGCAGAAGGUGUCGAUGCUGUCUGCUUGUAGUCUAAUUAGUUUACAGUAUUGAUGAUAGUAUUGAUAGCUGCCGUUGAACCAAGUGGAAAAUGGAAUGUGCAUCAUAAGCAUGUCUUCAUUAUGUAUCGCCGAUGUAAAACGUCCCACUGCAACUGUAAAAAGGCCACGGAUUCAAGCUGCCUGUCCUGUCUGUACACCAAAUUAAGAACGAUAUACUGUACGAUGUAUCUUAGAUUAUCUAUAUAUAAUACAUAUAUUGUUAAGAUGUACCAACAGUUCAAAGUAUUUGCUAAUUUUACUACAAUUUUGUUAUGUAUAUGUGGGGGGAGUCUUAUGGCAUAUGAAUUCAAAUUAAGUCAGGAGUUUAAAAGCAGACUAUAUUUUAUAAUGGCCUUUUAAGUUAUUGCGGCCAAAGCACUGAUAUUAUAUAUAUUUGCUGUAAAGAGAAUUUAAGAGUUUUAUUUUUCUGAUAUUAAAGUUACUUAAUAAAGACUGUUUCAUUUUAA